CAUUUCCUGUAAUAAAAAGAUGGUGGUCAAAGCUGCGAGAAGCGGCUGACUCGCGGAAUUGUUCCCAAUGAAAACUUUACCUCGCCCAGGACUAGCGGCGCCUCACUGAGGCGGGCGGGGAGCCCAACAGCAGUGCAGCGGGGCCCGGGGACCACGUCUCCGUACCGGAGCGCUGCACAAAAGGGAAGGUGAGUCACUCUGUCUAGUAGCCAAUGUGGCCAAUACAAAUGGCUCCUGAAAGAAGCGGGCAGCUCGCCAGGAGCUUGUGGACAGCAGUUGGGACAGCUUGAGGCCGACAUCCUGAGAAAAAAACGGCCACACAAGACGGCAACGAUCGACAGGGCAGCUAUCGAAGUGCCCCAGGCUCGCAACAGUCGAAACUUCGCAGCUAAAGGCCAAGAGCAGAGGGGCCUGAACCCGUAGGUGGUACAAAAGCAAGCUAUGGAAGAGCCGACUGCUUCAAAAAGAGAAUUGGAGACCAUUUACAGCAAAAGAAUCAAACAAGAGGAGAAGCAGCAACUUGAGGAGCCUAGGAAGAAGCUGAAGGUGAAACCCGAGCCAAAAGCACUGAACACCUACCAACAAGUUGACUUUUGGUUCUGUGAGCAAUGUGAGGAGUACUUUGUAGAGGAGUGCCCAAAUCAUGGCCCUCCUGUGUUUAUCUCAGACACUACUGUGCCAGCUGGUGUCCCUGAUCGUGCAUUCCUUACGGCACCCUCUGUAAUUGAGAUUAUCCGCGAGCCUGGAGUGGAAACUGACACAUGCUGUAUUGGCAAGGUCAUCAAAAAAGGUGUCUUGUUCGGCCCAUAUGAGGGAGAGGUUGUCUCGCAAGAUAAGUCCACAGGAUUCUUUUCUUGGAUGAUUGUGGAUAAACAUAACCAUUAUAAAUCCAUCAAUGGUACUGAUGAGACUAAAGCUAACUGGAUGAGAUAUGUUAUGAUCUCUCGAGAGGAGAAUGAGCAGAAUCUGAUGGCCUUCCAGCAUGAAGAACAGAUUUACUUUCAGGCAUGCCGGGACAUCCAGCCAGGAGAGCAUUUACGUGUGUGGUAUAGUGCGGAAUACAUGAGCCGUUUGCACAGUAUGUCUCAGGAGAGCAUUGACCGUAACCUGGCCACAGGGAGAUUGAUUGCUGGAAAGGUAGAAGACCUCCCUGAACAUCAGGAAGAGUCCAAGGGAACUGUCUUGCCAACCCUUAGAACAACAAGACUGUCCAGUAAGCGGGCAAGUGAAGAUGGAGAUACACAGCAGGCAAAGAAAAAGAAGAUUGACCUAAUUUUCAAAGAUGUUUUGGAAGCCUCUUUGGAAGCCUCAAGGCCUCAGCUAAGGGGCAGAGUGCCUCCUAGGAUUAACAGUGUCUUUGAUAAGCCCAGUAUCAGUUCAGCAAUAAGCAGAGCAGACCUAAACUCUGAAAAUUCCAAUAAGGUAUCUGGCUUUGCCAUGAAAGGUGACAUUAUCCAGGCUGAAAUUGGACUUGACUUGAGCUGUGUCAAGGUAGAAAAUCAGGAGGAUGAUCUUGGGACAUCUUGUGAAGAAUUUUUGGAGGAGAGUCCUUCCACAUCAUUUUGCCCUAAUUGUGUGAAACUGAAGAAGAAAAUUAGACAGCUGCAAGCUGAGCUGGAUAGACUACGGUCAGGACAGCAGCCCGAACCAUUGAACUUGCCCUCUCUUCCUGAGCCAUCCCAGCUUGAUGACAUGCGAGCCUCAGAAGCAGUGACUCCUGUGCCAGGCAUCCUGGAUGAAGAUGAUCAGGAUGUUGACUCUGCUGAUGAGUCAAUUGCAACAGACCUGAUGGUUAUGGCAGAUGAAGCCAUCAAGACAUCCAGUGGUCCAGGGAGAAGAAUCCGACGAUUUAAACAGGAAUGGCUGAAGAAGUUCUGGUUCCUCCGCUACUCUCCAACUCUCAAUGAGAUGUGGUGCCAUGUCUGCCGUCAGUACACUGUUCAGUCCUCCAGGACUUCUGCUUUUAUCAUUGGAUCGAAGCAAUUUAAAAUUCACACCAUCAAGCUGCACAGUCAAAGCAACCUCCACAAAAAGUGUCUGCAGCUGUACAAACUUCGUAUGCACCCAGAGAAGACUGAAGAGAUGUGCCGGAACAUGGCAUUGCUUUUUAACACAGCCUAUCACCUUGCCUUGGAAGGGAGGCCAUUUUCAGACUUCCGCUCUCUUGCUGAACUUCUAAAGAAGUGUGAGCUCAAAGUGGUGGACCAGUACAUGAAUGAGGGAGACUGUCAGAUACUAAUUCAUCACAUUGCAAGAGCUCUUAAAGAAGACCUCACUGAGAGGAUCAAGCAGUCUCCUUUCCUCAGUGUGAUCAUGGACGGACAAACUGAAGAGCUUCUUUCAGACACUGUGGCUGUGUAUGUACAGUAUACCACCACUGAUGGACCUCCAGCUACUGAGUUUUUGUCUCUUCAGGAACUGAACUCUACAAAUGCUGAUGGAUACAUUCAUGCAGUUGAUAGGGCUUUUAGCAUUCUUGGUAUGAGACUGCAGAAUGAACUAGUUGUGGGCUUGGGCUUUGAUGGUUCCUCCAUCUCUGCUGGGGUAAGGGCUAAUCUAUAUGUUGCUGUCAGGAAGACCUUGCCCUGGAUUCUGUGUCUACCUGUCAUGGUUCAUCGGCCUCAUUUAGAAGUUCUGGAUGCCAUAAGUGGAAAAGAGCUCCCAUGCUUGGAGGAGCUAGAGAACAACUUGAAACAACUACUCAGCUUUUACCGCUACUCCCCUAGGAUGCUAGCAGAGCUGAGGCUGGCUGCUCCCACCCUUUGUGAGGAAACUGAGUUUUUAGGUGACAUCCGAGCAGUCAGAUGGAUAAUUGGAGAGCCAAACGUCUUGAAUGCUUUAAUUAAGGAUUAUUUAGAGGUGGUGUCUCACCUUAAAGAAGUCAGUGGUCAGACACAGAGAGGAGAUGCAGCAGCUAUUGCACUUACUUUGCUGCAGUUUCUCCUGGACUACCAGUCCGUGAAGCUUAUCUACUUUCUCCUUGACAUUAUUGCAGUGCUCUCCCGCUUGGCUUUUAUCUUCCAAGGGGAGUACCUGUUAGUUUCUCAAGUGGACACAAAAAUUGAAGAGGCUGUUCAUGAAAUUGGAAGACUGGCAGACUCCCCCGGUGAAUAUCUCCAAGAGUUUGAAGAAAACUUCAGGGAGAGCUUCAAUGGAAUUGAGCUGAAAAACCUCAGAGUGGCUGAAGCAAAAUUUCAGUCUAUUAGAGAAAAGAUCUGCCAGAAGACUCAAGUAAUCCUGCUUCAGCGAUUUGACUCACAAAGUCGUUUGGUUGUGAAAGCUUGUCAAGUGUUGGAUCUUGGAAUGUGGCCACGCAGUGCUGAAGCUCUGGUGGGCUAUGGUGAGGAAGACAUCCAGCUCAUCUUUGAGCAUUUGGAAACUAUCCCUUGUUUGUCACGGGAGAUGACCCGAGACGGAAAAGAUGCUAGGGGAAGCUUAGUUGUGGAAUGGAGGGAUCUGAAAUCAGACUACUAUAGCAUGACUGGCUUCAAAGAGGUGAUUGGUCAUGUCUGUAAAUACAAGCAGCGCUUUCCCCUGCUCAACAGAAUGGCACAGAUUAUUAAAGUUCUCCCCACCUCUACAGCAUGCUGUGAUAAAGGACGCCUGGCUUUGCAGAAAAUCCGACGGAACCACCGAUCUCGACUCACCCUGGAACAAAUGAAUGACCUGCUUAUGCUUUCUGUCAAUGGUCCUCCAAUUGCAAACUUUGAUGGGAAAAGGCCACUGGACAGCUGGUUUGAGGAGAAGUCUGGGACCAGUUACUCUUUGUCUUCGGAACUGCUAAGUAGAAUGUCUUCAGGUGACUCGAAGCAAGCACUGCAUGGGGUAGACCUCAGUGCUGAAUUUUAUCCUGACAUUUAGGGUGACAUGCUGACAAAUCUAACAGGACAUCAUAAUACUGAUGAUAUAGUUUAAUUCAGACAUACAAAGAUCUUGUAGUAUCCUGUAAUCCAAUCAAGCACUUACUUAAUGCCCAGACGGGGGAUGCCUUCCAUCCCCUCAGAAAUCUCCAGCUGUCUUGACAUGACAUUAAAUGCUGCAUGCCUCACUUCCCUGGUCAACAGGCUUCACAGGUGAUGUGAGUUUGAAUUGUCAUGAGGUUUGAGUUACCUCCGGUACCAGAAAAGAUAAAAUAUGAAAUAUGUCAAACUGUCUUUCAGCAAACCAGUAUACUGUGGCUAUCCUAUUGUUCAGACUGUGUCAAAGGAUAGUGUGCAAAGUAAAGUGACUGAAGUGGCCCAGUGGUUUCUGGAUACCCCCCUUUAUACAUAAAAACAUAUCCCUUGUUGACUCAGGGCCACCUUUAUGCUCUUUUCACCUCUUGAAGCAGGUAUUGUUUCCCUUUUCCUGUUGUCAGAUCUGAUUUUGGCCAUCUGGCAUAAUUGUGGCCUUCUACCUGCACGCUUUUGGCUUCUCCCCUGUAUUUUGUAUUGAGUCCUUUAGUUUGUGUGCAAUGGCUACAGUACCAAAAAUAGGUAGCAUGUGGCUUCUUAACAUGAUUAAACAGCUAUACAAAGUCAUUUUUUUUAUUCCCUGGAAGUUAUGCCCUGCUAAACAGAAGUCUAUGAUAUACCUAUUUGAUGGGCCCAUCUGCAUCCCUUCUUUAAGUGUGAGAGCUUGGCAUGCUGCAUUCCUUGUCAGUCUGCCAUUCUAACUGUCAUGCUGAACUAUAAGAUUUUAUCACCAUAGCUUCAUAUGUUCUAUGAUACUGAGAAUACACAGGCCCACGCCUUCAUUUCUCGGUUUUCUUGGUGCUGCUAUCAAUGUAGGCCAUUAUAGUGACUUCUUCUCUUUCUGUAUUCUAUACUUAUGCUGGGCCAGGUUACGGUAAACGGCAACAUCUCCGAUAUUAUUUCUGAGUUUUUAAUUACGUUUUUCAGAUUAAAUUGCCACAUGCCGUAGCCUGCACAAGUGGUGCACUUUACUCACCAUUUGCUGCGUUCCUCUUCUUUUGUUUUUUUUUCAGAAAUGCAGUUGAAGUUUUGACCCACAUGUUAUCACAGAACCUGUAAGCAGGCUAAACAUCAGUUUUAAAUUUUGCACAAAUGUAAUUGUAAUUUAUAUUUGAUGUGAUAUUUUGCACUAAUUAAUAGCUGUUUUUGUUGUUCUCCAGCUAUGUUGUUUCCAGAAACAAUGUUUCUCAAACUAAGUCUGUGUGCACUAGACAAAAGUUCGUGACACUGGUCAUCCAUAGAAGAAAAGAACAGAAAGGCAAAGGCUCAAUGCACUGCUGUCAGGCUUUUGGGGCCUGUUCACGAUAAUGUUACCUAUUGUGGACAGAGGCUUCUGAAGUGGAGAGGCGCAUAUUGUUCUAUCAACAGUGGGAACUCUAAUAUUGCAGGCAGUGUUACAGGUGGGACAUACAGGGUGGUGCAGGAAAACAAGAAAUUUUCAAUUGACAUUCAAUGAACGAAUAAACACAUUGCAAAAUACAUUUAAUGUUGAAAUAUAUUGCACAGAAUAUGCAAUUAAUCAUUUUAUGUUUAGAAGAAAACAUCAUGAAGGUGUUGUCCAUUUCUCCGUGCACAUUCUGACAGCCUCUUGUGGAAAUUAUGCAUUGCUCGACGUAACAUUUUAAGAGGCAUGCCAGCUAUUACCUCUUCAAUCCUACUUUUUAGUUCAGCAAUGGUUGUAGGACCUGUGCGGUACACUUGGUUUUUAAGAUGUCCCCAGAGAAAAAAAUCACAAACAGUGAGAUCUUGGGAUCUCGGAGGCCAUGGAAUGUCACCAUUGCAUGAAAUGAUGCACCUUCCAAACAAUCGGCGAAUAGCUGCCAUCAAUUGUUGGGCAGUAUGCAAAGUGGCUCCACCUGGGGACUUCUUUUAUAAGGCUGAACCUGUUUUUUCGAAAUUAUGCACUCAUUUUGUAAUCGCAUGAGCAGACAGGACACGAUCAUGACAUCCUAACUGGUAAUGAUGCUGAAAUUCCCUUUGCUCAGCAGUCACACUAUCACCAUUCUUAUAAAAGUUUUCACAGUGAACGCUCGUUGCACACCAUUCCACUGCUCCAUUAUAAAUAAUGGCAAGGGGUUCUAAACAAGUUUGCAUUGGAUCCAAAUAACUGCCGACGCCACAGGGUUGCCAACAACCUAGUUCCAAAAUAUCCCGUUUCCCUGUGCCACCCUGUGUAAGCCCAACUUUGCCAAGUUCAGCAGGUGCUCUAGUUUUAAUAGUACAGUAAUAACUCAGUCAAUGUACUGAAUAUAACUUUAACACUUUGUUAUCAUAACUGUUUAUUCUCAGACAUCUCAUAGCAUAGGUUCCAGCCAGUCACAGAAAGCUAUCUGCUUCAUUACAUUUCAUUGCACCAUAUCCAGGACUGGUUCCCACCUUGAGCCCUAUGCUGCUGGGUUAGUACUGUACAUCAAUACCUGCAACCCUGAAUUGGGUAAGUGGAUAUGUAAAUGGAUGGAUGGAUACCUUUUAUUAGAUUAGCCACACUACUCUAAUAAUUAUGGAGUCACCCCUUCAUUUUAAGACUAUUUGUUCAAAAAUGUUGAUUUUCCUUUGCCCUUUUUAUUGGGUGUUUAAAUUAUAUUGCUUUUAUAAAUAAUAUUAGAAUUACAGGCCAGUCAUAUCUACAACACUAUAUCUUACUUGCUUUCCUAAACCUUUAUGUCACUAGAAAAGUCAUAAUAAUAUAUCUUACGGAAGCUUUUAUUCAUAGAAUACAGUCUAAUAGUAGGAAGUGGUAGAGACCUAUAAAGGAUUGGUAUACUGUAGAGGGUUAUUUUCCUACAUUGUGCCACAUGCUUAUGUAGCCUGCACUGCACAAAAAGAGCUAAGAAAAUGGAUAAAUGGAUUUAUUAAAGUCAUCAUAGGCAGGACUGAAUUAGCAAUAGAACUCAUUACACUCAGCAUAUUUGUAUUGUGUAUCUAGAUUCCUGUUUUCUCAACCACUGUAUUUCAUUAGGCAACCCUUCCAUGGUUGGUUUCUGCCUUGUGUCCAAUGCUGCAGGAAUAGGUAAUUGCACCCCGCAGCCCUGAAAUGGAUAAGCAGGCUAGAAAAUGAAUGGAAUGAUAUAUUUGUGUACUCAAAAAAUGAUGUCCAGGCUGUUUUUGUCAUAAAGACACCACAUUGCUAGAUAAUAAAUAAUAUAUAGUACUGACCAAGAAUUCCCAAGUUUGGCACUGAGAGACCCAUGUGCCUCCAGAUUUUGGUUCAAGACAUUUUGUUUUUCUUUUCAUCAAAGGUUAAUUCGGCAUGCUCUUGAUUCGACUGGGCAUUCCAGUUUUCAGUUCCUUGUAUAAAAAUACUAUACAGUUUAUAUUUCCCAAAGCAAAAAAUUGUAAAACAUGGAUAUUGAUACCCUGAUUAUUUUCAUCAAUACUUUAUCACUUUAAAAUACUGUGUUGGGUAUUACUUUUUUCUCUGAUUCUUAAUAUUUAUAACCUAAAGUAUAAAACGUGCGUAUUGCAGUAGUGAACACAUAUAUCUUUGUAGAGUCCUCCUUCCCUUUGAAAGCUCCCAGCUAAACACCAGACAGGAUAUUUUAAGUAAAAUGAUGAAGCAUUAGAAUCCUUGUCCAACGAAAAAUACACAGAUUAAUAAAGUUACAAACCACAAAAAAGCCUUUGUUAACAAAACAGCUUAGUCCCCCCAAAAAGAACACAAAAGCCUAGUAGAAUGAGGUAAAGUACUUGUAGGUACCUUCAAGAAAACAGAUUACAUAAGUUUCAGACAGACUGGAAUUUGUAAUCUUAUUAGUUCUGGCACACCCUACCAUUUAUUCCCAUCAGAUGUUAGCACAUGGCUCAAGGAUUUAUUCCAACGAACUCUUGAGUGAUUGGGUGGUACAGUGAUUAGAUCUGAUGCUUCACAUUCUGCUGCAUCCUGGGUGUGAUUUCCCCCUCCAGGUCUUUGUCUGCGUGGAGUUUGUAUAUUUUCUCUGUGUGUGUGGUGAUUUCCUCCAUGUACUCUGGUUCUCCUCCUGUCUCAAACAAAAGUGUUCAUGUUAGGUUAGCUGGCGAUCUCAGAUUGUCCUAGUAUAAGUGAGCGUGGGUGUGUGUAUGAGAGGUCUUGGUGAAGGACUAGCAUCAUGUCCAGAGCUGUUCCUGUCUUUGCCAGGAUAGACAAUGGCCCCUGUGGCAUUGAAUUGAAUUAAGGGCAUUGAAAAUAUUAAUUAACUUAUGUUAAUUUAACUCUUAAAAGUGUUUUUUAGUUGCUGUAACAGUUACCGUGUCUUGACCAGGCAAGUAGAAUGAGUGACUAUUUUAGUUCUAUAUCUUUUCAACAAGCUUCUGCUUAACAUACAUUAAUAUACAGUAGAUGGAUGGAUAUUUAUAUGGAAAGAAAGAAAAAGGAAUCUGGGCAUAUUUUAACAUUAAUUAAAUUACAUUAAUUUCUUGAAUAUGCCUUGAUUUUUUUUAGUGACUUUAGCAGAUCCUGUAUGAUAAUGAGAUGGUUUCUUUACCUCUAGAUUUCCAUUCAUCUAUUUCCUGAUCUUUCUUAAUCCAAAUUAAGGAACAUGGUGUACUGGAGCUUAUCCCACCAGCAUUGAGUGGAAGGCAGGAGCCAAACCUGGAUGAGGUACCAUCAUAUAUAGGCAGUAUGCUGUAGUGCCUAAAGCAGUGGCCCUUAAAACCCAAGGAUUCUUUUUAAUUCCUGACCACAGUCAACUGUGUGAAACUAAACAAGUCACUUAGCAUGCCUGUGCUUCAACUGUAAAAAUAUCUGUAGAGAAUUGCAAUAUUUUCUGGCCCAGUAAGUUGUCUUGGGUAAAGGUGUCAUCCAAAUAUAUAGUAAUAACCGUGUAACCAAUUGUAAAAUAACUCUGUUCUU